UUGAAUUGUUUUUAUACAACACAAAAACAAGCGUGUAUCUACAUUUGUUAAGUUAGUUUUCAUAGUCGUACAUCCUAAGUAAAGAAUUAAGUAAGUUACAAUGCGUCGUUCCACAAGAAAAAGUCGACCGGCCAUAGUUGAAAGUAAUUCAGACGAUGAAGAUAACGAACCAUUGGCGAAAAAACCAAAGACCCCUUCACCGCCAAAGAACAAAACUCCAGCGGACGCCGAUGAUUCAUCUAGCGAGAGCGACAUUGAAAAUUAUCUCCAACCCGCCGACAAAAUCAACCUGAACUCCACCUUCUUUAAUCUACCGGCGAAAAACCCACAAUCUUUUGAAAAAAUCGAAAAAAAAAUGUUCGACGGCGUGACCAGACUGAGCGAUUCAUCUAGUUCGGAUGAAGAGAUGGAAAAUCCCGUGUCUAAACUCGAAGAAGUGCCCGCUGCCGUACCUGUGUUCCAGUCUGAAGAUAAUACGUCCGAACCGAUGACUUUCCAUCAAAUGGAAACUUUCACGAGACAAAUGGAAGAAGCCAAGAAGCAAAUUGCCUUGUAUGAAGCGAAGAAGAAAAAGAAGGAGGAGAAUCUGGACAUAUCCAAGCUGUUGAAAGUCGGAGAAAACGUACAUAAGGACAAUUCGUUGGACAAUCUCGAUUUGAGAUCCAGCGAUUUCGAAACUUGCGAGUCCGACAGCGACUGGGAGGAAAUAAAAGUGGCCAGCCAGGAAAGUCCUGUAGAAAAUGAGUCUAUUCGUAAAGAAGGUUUGCAAAUCGUUGUUGAAAUGCCUGAUGCAGUCCGUAAAAAGAAGGGAGUGGACCUUGUAAUGGCAAUGAAGAGACGUUUGAAUAGGAUGAGAAAGGAGAACCAAGUUUAUGUGCACAAGGUUCAUGUGUUAUGCUGGUUGGGUCAUGGAAACUACGUAAAUUCUUGUAUUAAUCAGCCAGAAACUCUGGCAAUGGCUUUGUCAUUAUUGCCAUCAGAAAAUGCUUACCCUUCAGGUCAGGUUGACUUAAAGUACAUAGGACAAAUAUUGAAAUGGUACAGAGGCAUGAUGAAAAUAAAUGAAAAAAAAAGUAAUGAUUUGCCUUUAGACAAAGAAUUACAGAAACAAAUAAGCGACCGUGAAGUAAGUAACGAGGCAAUCUUAUGUUACGUAUUUGUAGCUAUUCUCCGGUCUCUAGGCAUUCAGUGUAGGUUAGUAUUGUCUUUACAAGUUGAACCAUUAAAGCCUCCAACAAGUGAGCUACAUUCAUUAAGUACCAAGGAUGAACAGAAAGUGGCUAAUCCAAAGGUAACAGGUUCUAAAACAGCAGAAAAUACCUCCACAUCAAAAAUCGUGUCUGAAGCUGUUGCUAAAAAAGAUGCAAAACAGAAAAAAGUUCCAAAAAGUAAUAUUAAAGUUAACGAAAAGAAUAUAAGUGAUAAAGGAGUUGAUCAAAAUGCAAACAAAAAUGUUGAAGACAAAGUUACUGUUAAACGAAGCGCUCGUGGUAAAGAUAAAACGAUGGAUAAGGUGGAUCAACAACAAUCCGCAGAAGGAAAUGUGAAGAAGGAAAGAAAAACCAAAAGUAAAGAAGAAUCUCUUAAAAAACCUACUAAAACAAUUGAAGGUUCAACAUUGAAAAAAACUGUUGAAGAUAAAAAAUUGGAGGAAACUAAGGACAAUCAAACAUCCACAAAACAAGCCACAUCAAAUCAAAGGAAAUCUAGAGGUGGCGGUAGAAAAUCUAUGGAAACCAAUGAUAAUCAAACUGAAGAAAAAAAUAAAACUGAAUUAAAAGACAAUUCAGAUGAAAUUGAAGUUGUGAGGAAAACCAGAAAUCGAAGCUCAAAAACUAAUGAACAGAAAGUUGAUGAUGAUAAAAAGGUUCCUAGAAAAACGAAAACAAAAAAGGAAGGCGAUCAUGAUAAAGCGUCUGGUCCUUCUAAUACUGACUCCAAUAAUCUUAAAAAAGUGACUAAGAAAAACGCCAAAAAAGAACAAACAGAGCAUGUUGUCAAUAAAAAAGCAGUUAUUCCCCAAUUAGAUGGAAAUGAUGAUAAAUAUCCAACCACUAGACAACGAAAAAAUAACAUUUCUCGUAAAAUGGCUGUGAAAAAUUUCCAUACAUUGUCAAAUGAUUUGGUGGAGAUAUCCCCAAAACUCGUUAAGAUCGAAUAUGAAUUAAAAGGAGACAAAAAUAACGAGCACGAUCGCACACCUGGCCAUAUUAGCAAAAAAAUGUUGUUGGAAAAUAAUUUCAAUAUUCAAGAAAAUUUAAAGAAAAAUAUUGUUAUACCGAAGUCUCCUUAUCAAAAUAACGGAAAACGGAAUAUUGAAAAUUACAUAUUGAAGGAUGUUACUAUCAAAUUAGAACAGACAAUAAUAAAAACAGAUGAUAUUAGAUCUAAUAAACAGUCAUCACCAAAAUCGCCUAAAAAAGUACAGAAACCUCUUACAGUAAAUAAUAAAAGUCCAGAAAAACGUGAAACCAACACUUCUAGAAGCAAAAUAAAGAGACUAUCUGAUAUUAAUCAUAGUAUAGAACAACAAUCCAAUAGUACAUCUAAAUCAACUAUUAAGUUGCAAGAUGCAGAAAAUAACAAAUCAAAACAGAGAAGUGAAAAAAUUCAAUUGCCAAAUACUGUUUCAAACAGUUUAUCAAGUGUCCAUUCACCUAGAAAAUUGAAGGAAAUACAUACUAAGCUGGGCACUAAAAAGCAGUUGUGUGUCAAGUUAGAGAAGUGUGAUUUAAAAAACACCGGGCUAACGCGACCAGCAAAAAAUAUUCUGUCAUCUAUUGGUAAGAAAAAAGGCAAAAAUAAGAAAACAAUAAUUAAGGUAAAAUGGAGGUGGCCAAAUCGUGUCAGAAAGAACAUCCCCCAAGUAGAUGGUUUAUGGGAUUCCAGUUCCUGUAGUGAAGUACCUGAUCUGUCAGAUAGUGAGGAUGAAGUUGAAGUCACUGAUGAAGAAUUUGUCAAUGAAAUUGUGAGCAGUGUAAUUGAGAACGCCAUUCCACAAUUGGACGGCGCCAAUGAUAAAACAGGAAAAAAAUCCAGUUCCAAGUUAAAUUUAAGUAAGUUGAAAAAAGUUGAGAAGAAGACCAGUUCACCAAGAAAUCCUCCCAAACAAUUGAAAAUUGAUCUUUCAAAUGCUGAGGCUCACAAUUCAGAUGAUGAUUUUUCUCCUAAAAACUCUGCUUUAAAAAAAAACAUUGUUCAUACCCGUAAAGUAAACCUCAAUAAGCUUUCCAAAAAUAACAAUAUUGGAAGUCCUGAAAAAUUAGAUCAACAGUCUGCAAGUACAUCAUCCCAGCAAAGCAAAUAUUAUUCAUCUGUUCAGAAGGACAUAAUAUCACUUGUAAAGGGAAGAAUGGCUGAACAAAAAAUUUUAGAUAAAUCGAAAUUAGUAAAGAGAGCGAAAAAUAAAAAUGAAUCUGAUUCUGAUUCUGAUUAUGCUCCCGAACCCAUCAAGAAGAAGCGUCGCGAUAGUGAAGAUCACUUUUCACCAAAAGUAAAGGUCAAAAGACGAGUGCAGGUCACUAAGAACUCGCCAGGAAGUAGGGGACAAGAACCUGAUGAUAAAAGUAAACAGAAAAAAAAGGGUAAUGAUGUUUGGUGUGAAGUAUACUGUGAAAGUGAACAAAAAUGGAUAAGUGUUGAUGUUAUUUUUGGAAAAGUAGACUGUGUUAACGAAAUUUAUUCAAGAGCAACGCAUCCGAUAACUUAUAUAGUGGGAUGGAACAAUAAUGAAACAAUUAAAGAUGUUACAGCGAGAUAUUGUUCCAAAAACUUUAACACUGUGACUAGGAAGCUUAGAGCUGACCCUGUGUGGUUGCAACGGGCAAUUAGACCUUUUGAAGGUCCUCAAAGUGUCAGGGACAUAAAGGAGGAGGAAGAAUUGAAAAUAGCUCAACUGGAACAGCCUUUGCCUAAAGUUAUAUCAGAGUACAAAAAUCAUCCACUCUAUGUGUUACAAAGACAUUUACUUAAAUUUGAAGCAAUAUAUCCACCAGAUGCUCCAACUCUUGGAUUUGUUAGAGGAGAACCAGUUUAUUCAAGGAACUGUGUAUAUACUUUGCAUUCCAGAGAUAUUUGGUUAAAACAAGCUAAAGUCGUCCGACUUGGCGAAAAACCGUACAAAAUUGUUAAGGCUCGUCCAAAAUAUGAUAAGUUGUCUAAUAAAGUAAUAACUGAUCAACUAUUGGAAGUCUUUGGUGAAUGGCAAGUUCAAGAUUAUGAACCCCCUACUGCAGAAAAUGGUAUUGUGCCAAGAAAUGCGUUCGGCAAUGUUGAUCUCUUCAAGCCUGAAAUGCUGCCUAAGAAAACUGUUCAUAUGAAUCUUCCAGGGCUAAAUAAGAUUGCAAAGAAACUGAAUAUUGACUGUGCUCCAGCCAUAGUCGGUUUCGACUUUCAUGGAGGUUGGAGUCAUCCCGUUUACGAAGGGUUUGUUGUGUGCCAAGAAUUUGAGAAACAAUUGUUUGAUGCCUGGGAAAAAGAACAAGAAGAGCAGGAUCGCAAAGACGAAGAAAAAAUUGAAAAGCGUGUCUAUGGAAAUUGGAAGCGACUUAUUAAAGGUCUUUUAAUUCGUGAAAGACUUAAGGCUAGAUACGAUUUCGGUUCGUCUAAGGAACCAGACCCACCAAAGAAAAAUGCAAAAUGUGUUACAUUUUGUACUAAAAGAAAGUAAAUAUUGUAAAAACAUUGUACAGUGUAUUUUGUAGUGAUAUUUUCGAAUAUUAUUAUUGAACGAUUCUCAGGUUAACUUACAUUGUAAAUUACCAUACUUUUAUUUUAUACUUGUAUUCAUAUUUAUUAUUAAAACUCUUAUUCUCGA